AACACGGUUGUGCCGUUUCAUGAUUGGUCCUUUGCUUCCAUGUUCAAAAGUCGAGCGCGGACGACGAACGAGAGAGCUGCGGGAUUGUCGUAAACUCGCCCAAAGUGAUGGAGUCAUGUUUUGCUGGCGGCAAACUGGAGAGGGUCGGCCCUGUGGAGGUGGACGACAUCAAGAUUGACCUCCUGGAUGAAUUCUCUGCUCUGCCAAAGCAGGAUGAAGCCGAGAGCCGGUCGGAGAACCUGCGGGUCUACCUGAGGGUUCGCCCUUUGACGGGAGCAGAGAGCGGACGGUCACAGGACUGCGUGGUCAUCGAGGGACCUCACACUGUGGUCCUCAAAGCUCCCAGGAGCGGGCAGUCCAACAGGCAGGCUGACAAGGUCCCUCCACAAACUGCUCAGAGGUUCACCUUCACCCAGGUGUUUGGCCCGGACGCCAGUCAGAGGAAAGUGUUUGAAGGAUCCGUUCGUGGUUUGGUGCGAGAUGUUCUGCACGGAGAAAACUGUCUGCUGUUCACAUACGGGGUCACCAACGCCGGGAAGACCUUUACCUUCCUCGGUCCAGAACACGACGGCGGCCUGCUGCCACGCUGCCUCUGGCUGCUCUUCAACAGCGUAGAAGGUCGUCUGCACGCCGGCUGCCAUCUGAAGCCUCACCGCUGCCGAGACUUCAGCCGACUGAGUCCGAAGCAGCAGAAAGCCGAGAGUACCGCCAAGCUGAGCCUGCUGAGGACCGUCCGAGAGAAUGACAAAAGUACCUCCUCUGGCAGAUCAACUUUUCUUGAAGCCUCGUCUCUGAGCUCCGACUGCAGCGUCGCCAGCGUAUCGGAGAGCGACAGGUUGCCUCUGGACGUCCCGCCCCGCCUUCACUUUUCCGUCUGGGUUUCCUUCUGUGAGAUCUACAAGGACAACAUUCACGACCUUCUGGAGCAGGUCCCGGGAGGACAGGUCAAGAGGACGACGCUGCGUCUGUCUCAGGAUGUCAAAGGAAAUCCCUUCAUCAAAGACCUGAAGUGGGUCCAGGUGAGCAGCUCCGAGGAAGCCUUGAAAGUGGUGAAGAUCGGCAAGAGGAAUCAAAGCUUGGCCUCCACCAGACUCAACCAGCAAUCCAGCAGGAGCCACAGCAUCUUCUCCAUUAGGAUCCUGCGGGUGGACGCCGCCGCCGUCCCCAGGUUCCUUGGCGUCAGUGAGCUGGUGUUGUGCGACCUAGCCGGCUCGGAGCGAUGCUCGCGCACACGCAACACGGGCGAGCGCCUGAAGGAAGCGGGGAACAUCAACAGCUCGCUCCUGGCGCUCGGCAAGUGCAUCAGCGCCAUGAGGAUCAAGCAGAAUGCAAAGUUCCCGCAUCACGUUCCCUUCAGGGAGUCCAAGCUGACCCACUUCCUUCAGUUCUUCUUCUGCGGCGCCGGCAAGGUGUCCAUGGUGGUCAACAUCAACCAGGAGUCAUCCUGCGCCGACGAGACGCUCAACGUCCUCAAGUUCUCCGCCCUGGCGCAGAAGGUGGUGGUGUUGAACCCGAGGUCCGCCGGCCCGGACGACGCCUCGCUCAGGUCGGCCAUGGAAGUGUCGGUCCUCAUCAACGAGGCCGACUUGCGCCGCAACGCGCUGGCGCGCAGCCGCCCACACUCCACGCUUGUUUGGGAGACCACGCUGGAGGACGUGAUGGAAGACGAUGCUGAGGAAGAGAGCGACGUGGGGGCAGGAGAGGAUGAGGACGGGGAGGAAACCACACAGGAGGAAGGCGACGAGGUAGAGCGCUUUGUUUUAUCGGUGGUUGCAAAAUUUGCUUUGACGGGACGGCACCUAACCCUGGCCCGCUGGCUCGGGCAGGGACAGCCGGACGGGGAGGCGACCUUUGGCUUGGCUGAGGAGGCUCGAAUCAGAGAAGAAGUGUGUGCCGAGUUCAUGGAGAUCUUCAAGCAGAUGGAGAAGGACUUCAGUGAGCGUCUGAAGAAUGAGCGAGAGAUCCUGGAGGAGCGAGCCGACAGGAGGCUGGAGAUCCUCAAGAACCUCCUCAGACCGAGCACCCAGGGGGAGGAGGAGGAAGAAGGGCAGGCGAGGAGGGCGUGGCUUCCGGGGGGAGACCACAGCUUGAUCUCGCCGCAAGUGCUGCUGGCCAAUCGGGAGCGGGUCAUCUGCGAAGACGGGCGGGAGGACCAAGAGGACGACAACACGGGAAAGACGGCCAAGGAGGGCGAGUGCAGCAAGUCGUCAUCGGCGCGGCGAUUUCGUCGACUGACGCGAGGCAACCAAAUGUUCGUCGACCAAAUCUCUGCGUUGCAGGUACAGGUCAGCUCCCUGGAACGGGACUUGCAACAGGAAAGGGAGCGCGCGGCGGCUGCCGAGCACCAACUGACCACGGCAGAGACCCGGCUGCGGCGCCUCGAGGGCCGACGGGACGCCGGAGCCGAGGAGGGCAAAGCCCAGAGCGACUUCCACGCCAACAUGGCCCGACUACGCGAGGAGUGCCUGUUGGCCACGGAGACCUGCGCCCAGCAAUCCAAAGUCAUCCGGGAAGUGACACAAGAAAAGAUGCACUGCGACAGGAAGUGUGAGCAGCUCACCGAGGAAUUGGCCAAUCAGAAAGCGGAAUACGAGCACCGGCUGCAGGAGCUGAUGGCGGAGCUUGAACGACGAAGAACGAUGGAGGAGGAAGGUGAGCGACGGCAAGAACCGAAGUGUGUCGAGGUCCCGGUGCGGCGGUGUCAGGAGAAGUUAGCACAGAAAGAGAACAAGAAGCCCAAGGAGAGCCCGGCGCCCGGGAGGCUGCCCCUGGUGGAGGAGCUGCAGGAGGAAAUCCAGAAGGUACGAGCGGUGAGGAAAAGGGCAAACUGCCAAGUGGAGGGUUUGGCGUUGAGCGACAACAAGCGAGCAAACGUGAGGACGGUGACGCAGGAGGCGCCGUUCUCCUCCAGCCAGUCCAGCCCGUCUCCGCCCUCGGCACCGCCAUCACCCUCCGUCCCGAGCGGCGCGGCUCAAAGCCUCUGCAGACGCCCUGUCGCCAUGGCAACCCAAGCCAAGCGAGGCCGCAGGAAGCUUCACAACAAGGAAGCGGCCCUGAUGCUUACCGUCUCACCGGACUCGGCGGCGCUGCUCGAGGAACCGAAGGAAAAGGAAAGCGAUCACGUGAUCAUCAUGCGGCGGCUGCGUUCCCGCAAGUGAUGGUGGAUGCUUGAGAUGUUGUCACACUGUUGUUGUUGUUGUUAGAAAAGCAAGGAAAUAAAAAACUCAUCCAAUAA